AUGACACUUGGUGGUGUGAUUCCAUGUUCGACUCAACUUAAGCCAGUGUUCAAUGCUGCUCUUGGCUAUCAGUGUAUCACUGUCUCUGGUAAUGGAUUGGCGAGCGAUGGUACUUUAAUCGGAUACAGAGGUAGUUUGAUGUACAAUCGAUAUUACAAUGCUAUCAGACAACAAUCGGCCAUUCCAUUCGUCAAGAGCUCAGACUAUGUUUGCAAUCCACACAACAACCGAGUUCAGCCAUAUCUUGUUGACCAAGCAAAGCAAUACUCUGAAUUCAAUAUAUACGCAAAUGGAUCAGUGCAACUCGGUACCGAUGUCGUUCCACUCGUUUGUCUUCAAGAGCAUGCUGGUGCCUACAGUUUCAAUUAUAAUGGUGCUGCCUAUUAUUUUGUUUUGAUUAUUAACUCAUUGCCAGCGGGUUGUCCAGCAGUUCACUUUGGUGAAAGUUGCAAUGGAACAACCACUCCAACUCCUACUUCCACUCCUACUUCCACUCCGGCUCCAAGCAAUACGACAUUCAAGGUGACCGCUACUAAUAACUGGGUGAAUGGAAACGACAAUUUUACUCAAUACUCUGUAGAUAUUAAGAAUGGAGGAACCACCGAUAUCACCUCGUUGGUCAUCUCAGCAACCAAUUUCAAUGCAUCCUCCAAAUGGAACAUCGAAUCCCUAACAAAUGGUGAUCUUACACUACCUUCCUAUGCUACAAUUCCAGCAGGUGGUACCUUUACCUUUGGAUUCAUCACUACCUCAAGUGUUAUUCCAUCAUUUGCAGUUAAAAAUUAA